AUGGAAGCAUGGAAUCGCUUGGAAGAUAUUUUUCAGGACAAGCAAAAUGCUCGAGUUGUCACUCUUGAGCGAGAGUUUUCUAACACUCGUAUGGAGGAUUUUCCCAAUGUCUCAACUUACUGUCAGCAUCUUAAGAUGCUUUCUGAUCAGUUGAGAAAUGUCGGCUCCCCUGUCAACAAUCAUCGUCUGGCUCGUUCCAUUCUCACUUUGGAAGAAGUCGGUAUGACUAAGAUGGCAAACACAGACUCUCAUGUUGUUGUGCACACCACUCAGUUGAAACCUACUAAAGACACCUCUCAGCGUGGCAACCGCCGCCCCCGCAACCGUUCUCGCUCCCGUGGCAAUCAGGGUCGCGGGAGGGGGGGGGGACGUGGUAACCGCAGUGCACCGCAGUCUGGAGCUCCUAGUGCUCCUUCACCUUGGUCCACUCCUCCUUGGCAACAACAACAGCAGUACCCAACCUGGAAACCAUGGGGUUGGACUCCACCACCAUGGACUAUGCCACCGUGUCCGUGUCCCACCUCUCAGUGGAGACGCCCUGUCGGUCCUCCUAAGCAGCCAGACAUUCUAGGACAGUGUUCUCAGGUGUAUGCAACCUCUACUUCAUCUCAGAUACUGACAGACAUUGAGACCGCUAUGCACACAAUGUCACUCCACACACUUGACAAUCAGUGGUACAUGGACACGGGCACAACAUCUCACACAGCCGCAUCACAAGGUAAUCUCUCGUCUUAUUUUCUAGUAAGUAAUUCAAGUCAGAAAGUCAUUGUUGGCAGUGGCCAUGGAAUUCCAAUUCACGGCACCAGACACGCAUAA